UGAGUAUUGGAUAGAGAAACAUUACUCUUUUCCCAUAAAUUCUCUUAUGAUGGUUAUCUCAUUUCCAAACAUGUGAUGUGUACUUUAUCUGAGCCAAGUUGAAUUGUAUGCUUGGGAUUAGAAAGACUAUAGGGGAAUUACAAAAGCAUGAUUAAAUAAUGGGUGAAAGUAUAAAGUCCUGCAUAGUAAUGUAAACUAAAGAUCAUAGUGAAUUAAAAUUAAAUGCUGAGAUGUGGCAAACUGUGUGAGUUUCUGAUUAAACUUGGUGAAAACACAACCAGGACAUUGUGAUGGUCAUGUCUUUGAUUAAGCAAGAGAUCGCGGUCUAAACAGAAUCAUACAUACAUAGCUGUUCUGUUAGAUACUAAAAGACAAAAGAAAGCACUAGUGUUCUGUGGUUGUGGAGUCAACGUCAUAAACUCAGAUCCAAAACCCAACGACAACGUCGUCUAAUUAAUUUCCUUCUUUUUGGACCGCAACUGCUGGAUUUACACUACCUAUUACCUUAUGAGUCUGUAAGGACGAAGAGAACACCAUGCCGAGUCCUUUUGCUAAUCUCAUAGUUCGGCUUGUCCCAGGUUUACUUAUAAUUCCUUGCUUGUAAAGUAGAUGUUGGUGGUUUCUUUUAAUAGGGUUAUCCGGUCUCAAUAGGUUGCGUUUUGUAAAUUAAUUGCAAUUUCCAGCAUGAUUUUGAAGAUAAAAAGGAAGAGAAAAUGAGGAUGAGGAACCUAUACAGGAAACCAACUACUUUACGUUGCAAUGCAGGGAGCAGAUGCUAUUCUACAUCCACUGUAAUAUGGAGCUUUUUAGGAUGCCUACUUUUGUUUCAUCUAUAUUCCAAUAUUCAGCAUAAACAUGGGGAAGGUAGAGAGGUGCAAUUGCUCUUGACUAAUCAUCCUCAAUUCCGUGAACUCCAACAAGUUGAAGAGGAGAUGAUCCAACUUCCUCCACCCAAGGGGAAAAGGUCCCCUCGAGCCUCUAAACGCAAGCAUAAGCGUGUAACCCCACUGGUUGAUGAAUUCUUGGAUGAAGAUUCACGAUUGAGACAUGUUUUCUUUCCUGGUAACAAGAGUGCUAUUGAUCCAAUGAAGGUCACAGGGAAUGAUACUUAUUACUACUACCCUGGGAGAAUUUGGUUGGAUACUGAUGGAAAUCCUAUUCAAGCUCAUGGAGGGGGUAUUCUAUAUGAUGAAAGAUCACGCACAUACUAUUGGUAUGGUGAAUAUAAAGAUGGACCCACGUAUCAUUCUCACAAGAGAGGAGCUGCUCGAGUGGACAUUAUAGGAGUUGGUUGCUAUUCUUCUAAGGACUUGUGGACCUGGAAACACGAAGGUAUUGUAUUGGCAGCAGAGGAAACAAAUGGAACCCACGACCUGUACAAGUCUAAUGUGCUUGAGAGGCCAAAAGUAAUUUACAACGAGAAAACCAGAAAGUAUGUGAUGUGGAUGCACAUUGACGAUGCCAAUUAUACAAAAGCUGCUGUUGGCAUAGCAAUUAGUGAUGCACCUGAUGGUCCAUUCGAAUAUCUUGGUAGCCAAAGGCCCCACGGAUAUGAAAGCAGGGAUAUGACAGUUUUCAAAGAUGAGGAUGGUGUGGCAUACCUUAUCUACUCCUCUGAAGAAAACAAUGUACUACACAUUGGACCCCUGACCGAAGAUUAUCUGAACGUGGUUCCUGUCAUGAGAAGAGUUUUCGUGGGACAGCGAAGGGAAGCACCAGCUGUGUUCAAGCACCAGGGUACAUACUACAUGAUCACAUCUGGCUGCACGGGAUGGGCCCCGAAUGAAGCACUGGCUCAUGCUGCUGAGUCAAUCCUGGGGCCUUGGGAGACAAUGGGAAAUCCAUGUGUUGGAGGGAACAAAAUGUUUCGAAUUGCCACCUUUCUUGCUCAAAGCACUUUUGUGCUUCCCCUACCCGGCUUCCCGGGUUCGUUUAUUUUCAUGGCUGAUAGAUGGAAUCCAGCUGACUUAAGAGACUCUAGAUAUGUUUGGUUGCCUUUGAUAGUGGAAGGACCUGCUGAUCAAGCUCUGGAGUACACUUCUGGACUCCCAUUGUGGUCAAGAGUUUCUAUCUUUUGGCAUAAAAAAUGGAGGCUACCUCAAGGGUGGAACACAUUCAAGUAAUUUGGUUUUUUCUUGUACAUUCUAUAUUUGUUGAGAAACUUCGUGUACAUUUGUGGUCACCAAAGAAGCACCGAUUCUUCAGACUUUACGAUACGAGAAAUACUAAUAACACACUUUUUUUAAAUACA